AUGCCAUCCCUCCAAGAGAGCAAGCUCGCCUUCAUCGGCGGAGGCAACAUGGCCUCCGCGAUCAUUGGCGGCCUGGUGAGCACGGGCGUCGACAAGCAGAACAUCUACGUCUCGGAGCCCUGGGACGUCAACCGGGAGAAGCUUGCUGCCGUUGGCGUGCGGACCACGACUGUCAAUACCGAAGCUGGCGCUGAUGCAGAUAUCGUGAUCAUCGCUGUUAAGCCCCAGGUCACCAAGAGCGUGUGUGAGGAGCUCGGCGCUUCCUGGUCGCAGCGCCAGACUCUCCCCGUCGUUGUUAGCAUUGCGGCGGGCAUCACUCUCAACAGUCUGCAGGAGUGGUCUCGGACUAGCGAUGGACGGACUGCCCACGUUGUCCGUGUGAUGCCGAACACACCUGCGCUUGUGGGCGAAGGUGCUUCGGGUGCGUUUGCCAGUGCCGAUGUGACCGCUGCCGAGAAGGAGCUGGUCAACUCCCUGCUCAGCAGUGUGAGCAAGGCCACCGAGUGGGUAGACAAGGAGGAGCUGCUCGAUGUUGUGACUGGUCUCUCUGGCUCCGGCCCCGCCUAUUUCUUCGCCAUGGUGGAGCACCUCAUUUCCAGCGCUACUGCUCUGGGUCUGUCCCAAGAACAGGCUACUCGCCUGGCCACGCAAACCUGCCUUGGCGCCGGCAAGAUGCUCGUCGAUUCAUCCGACGAGCCCGGCCAGCUGCGCAAGAACGUCACCAGCCCCAAUGGCACCACAUACGCUGCCUUGCAGACUUUCGAGGCCCUGGGCUUCAAGGAGACUGUCGACAAGGCUGUCAAGGCAGCCACCUCUCGAGCUGCUGAGCUGGGCAACACUCUUGCGAAAUAG